UAUGAUGGAUGAUGAAUUUAGUUAUUUGUUCAAAAUUAUAUUGAUUGGUAAUGUCAAUAAUUAAUGGUUAGGUGAUUCUGGAGUGGGGAAGACUAACUUAUUCAAUAGAUUGUAAAAUAAGGAUUUUUAAUAUGAUACUCGACCAACUAUAGGCGUAGAAUUUCUAAAUAAAACGGUGAGAUAGGAUGGGAAUUUGAUAAAGUGUUAGAUAUGGGAUACAGCAGGAUAAGAGAAGUAAGUGAUAUUGAAAUAAUUAUUAGAUUUAGAGCAAUAACUAGUGCUUAUUAUAGGGGAGCAAAGGGAGUAUUCGUUUGUUAUGAUGUAACAAAAUAGGGAACAUAUGAAUCAACAUUAAGAUGGAUGAGUGAAAUAAAGUAAUAUGGGGAUCCUGAAAUAGUAAUAAUGUUGGUAGGCAACAAAAUAGAUUUGGCAGAAUAGAGAGUAUUUGUAUAUAAUUGAUGAAGAUUGUAAGGACUGAUGAAGUAUCUUAAUUCUGUGAGUAAAAUAAGGUAGGAUAUAUAGAGACAUCAGCACUUAAUAAUACAAAUGUAGAUAUAGCAUUCAAUCAGAUGGUUACAGGUGAAUAAUUAAUUUUAAUUAAUAUAGAAAUAUAUAAAAUUGUAUCAGCAUAGAAACCAAUAAGUUAGACUUAAUUAGGAAUCAAUGAUGUUUAUGUGUUAAAGAAGGAAACAUAACCAGAAUCAUCUAAAAAGAAGAAAUAAUGCUGUUGAA